CACGCAGGUAUAUAAAGGCUAACUCUGAAACCUGACCAGUUCAGUGUCGUGCGUUCAGAUCGAAUAAGUACGCGCGUUUCUCUACUUGCUAGUAAAAUCUAAUUUAUCUAGUUAUCUAAUUCAUCUAUUUAUUUAUUUAUCUAAUUAUCUAGUUUCUCUAAUUGCAAGUAUUUAUUUAAAAAGUAUAACGUUGUCUGCCAUAGAUUUUUGUUCGCAUAAAUAUACUAUCGUUUAUGCUAAAAUAAACAUAACUGGCAAAAUACUGUUAAAUUUCACAUCAUACACCACUACUUCCAAGCUAAUUUAGACCAUUUCGAAGAAAUUCAUACAAACAUAUAUUCUGGUUUGCAACUCUGUCAAUUGUACAAGAUGGAUAUUCCGAAUGUUAUUCGUUUGAAGUCGCUGGAGCCAUUUGAGCUGUUUAUUAUAGAAAUAGCGGGAAUAGAAGUGGAAGGAAGGGAUAUAUUUUUUAGACCUUAUAUGUUUGAUAGCUAUAUAUUGUGUUGUCAUUUUAAAAAAGCCGUGACAAUGUUUCUCAGUCAAUUUAAAAAAGAAGAACAAGAUCUCAAUAUGAAUAAUUUAAAUAAUAAUGAAAUAUUAAAUUCAAUUCAAACUCAAAAAGUUUAUCCAAUUUGCAAAUCAAACAGACGCACUAGAAUGCAGCGGCACCGUAGGAUGUAUGACUGGCGUUUUCUUCACCGCUUUCUACGUAUAAUAUGCCACACAAAUAGAGAUAAAUUUCCUUAUGCUGACAUUCUAAUUAGAAACUUAGACCAAUACUUUGUUCAACAAAAUGAGAAUGGGGAACCUAAUAAUCGCAUAGGCAUGUUUUAUUUCCAUAAUGGUCCAUUAACUGAAGUAAUUCUGAUAUCUGGGAAAAAAAUCUGUGUAAGGCAAUACAAAUUCGAUCAAGCAAAAAAAGUAUACGUCAGUAUGCAAAGGAGCAACGUAGUAAAUGUGAUAUCGAUCCUUCCAUCCUCUCAUAAUUAUUCUCUGAGGGAUUUUUCCUUGCAAUUUAUUAUGAAGAGGAUAACAACGAAGAGCGUAUUGACGAAAGAAGAUUUAGAAAAACUGGAAUUACCAACUAUCAUACUUAAAGAAAUGGAAAGAAAAGGAUUGCAAAUAUUUCGCCAUUUGCAAUGAUAAUUGUAGUUAUUUGAUUUAAAAUGUAAAUAUAUGACAAAUAAAUGUGAUGCACGAUGA